AUCCGCAGUCCAUACAGUGACCCCCACGAGGUCAAGAACCUGUACGAGGAGAGGAAAGAACCUGGAAGAGAGGAGCUUGAGGAGAUGGCGAGCGCCGAGGGCGAGAGGUGGGUGGGACUGGCGACGGACUUCUCGCAGGGGAGCCGAGAGGCGCUGCAGUGGGCGGCGACCAACCUGCUCCGCGCCGGCGACCACCUGCUGCUGCUGCACGUCAUCAAGGAGCCCGACUACGAGCAGAGCGAGGCCAUCCUCUGGGAAUCCACCGGCUCCCCGUUGAUUCCCCUCUCGGAGUUCUCUGACCCUAUUAUCGCGAAGAAAUAUGGAGCAAAACCCGACAUGGAAACCUUGGACCUCCUGAACACUACAGCUACCCAGAAGGAAAUUAUGGUGGUUGUGAAAGUCCUGUGGGGAGAUCCGCGUGAGAAGCUCUGUCAAGUUAUCCAUGACACCCCGUUGAGCUGCUUGGUUAUAGGAAGCAGGGGCCUUGGCAAACUCAAGAGGGUGCUCUUAGGAAGUGUCAGCGAUUACGUCGUGAACAACGCAACCUGCCCUGUCACCGUUGUCAAGUCAUCAAGCACCGAAGGUUGAUCUCAUCACCGAAAUGCCUGAAUAUUGCUGUUGUUAUAAUAAAAGAUGGUUGGCCUCAUGAAGAACAUGCACUAGUUUCUAGCUACCUGAAACAUGUUGAACCGGGCAAUCCUAUUGUAAUAAUAGACAAAGUGCCUUAUGAAGGGCAUGGUUAUGUAAUAGGUCUGUUC